CUCGGUUACGACUUUGGCACGAGCGGUGUGCGCUGCGCUAUCGUCGAUGCGUCGGGCGAGAUCGUUGCGAACCCGCCCGGCUAUUCCUGGGGCGUAGCGGGCGAGCGCGCGCAGGAGGCGUCGGAUUGGGAGGAGGCGCUGUUCUCGCAGCUGGCAGCGCUGCCUGCCGACGCCCGCGCUCGCGUGAGCCGCAUCGCGGUGAGUGGCACGAGUGGGUCGAUGCUUCUUGUCGACGGCGACGGGGCACCCGCCGCCAGCCGCGGCAGCCCACGGAUCUCUGGCGGACGGCUGCUCCGGCUUGGCUUGAGGAUGGUGGGAGACUGCCACAUAGGCCACCCGGUUCGCUCAGCCACCUCAGCGCUCGCGAAGCUGCUCGCGUACCACUUUGAGUCGCCGCUGGCUGGAUCCGAGCGGCUCGCUCACCAGGCGGACUACGUCGCCUCGCGCCUGACCGGAGGAGCCAUCGCCUCCGACUGGCACAACGCGCUCAAGCUCGGUUUCGACGUCCGCGCGCUCCGCUACCCGGAGUGGCUCACGGGCGGCGAGAUUGGCGAGAUCGCAAGGGGCCGCCUUCCCCGUGUAGUGCGGCCGGGAGAGCCGAUUGGACCGGUGAGCGACAAGCUGGUGGCCAAGUACGGGUUGGCCAGCGGCUGCCUCGUCGUUGGAGGCACGACCGACUCGAUCGCCGCUUUCCUUGCAGCCGGCGCCGACUCCGUCGGUGACGCGGUCACGUCGCUCGGCUCGACGCUGCUAGUCGUGCAGCUGCUCUCGGACGUCCCUGCCGACGACGCGUCCACCGGCGUGUACUCGCAUCGGUUGGGCGAUCGCUGGUUGGUCGGCGGCGCAUCGAACGCCGGCUGUGCAGUGUUGCGCGAGCAAGGCUUCAGUGGCGACGAGCUCGCGCGCUUGUCCGAGGAGAUUGAUCCGUUGGCGCAACCUCCGUGCACUGACUACUACCCACUUUCGUCGCUCGUUCGGUUUCCGCGGCCCGACGAGAAUGCGGUGGGUGUGCUCGAGCCGGUGCCUGAGAGCCGUGCCGCCUUCCUACACUGCAUUUUGCACGGCAUCGCUAAGGCAGGCGGCAGGCGGGGGUGCCGUUCGUCCAUAUGCGCGUCCGAGUUGCGGCGCGUGCUCACGAGUGGCGGCGGGUCGCAGAAUGCGCAGUGGACGGUGAUGCGCCAGGCCCUGCUCGGCGUGCCCACGUCGCGGGCGGCCAAUAUCGACGCCGCCUAUGGGGCUGCGCUUCUCGCG